CGCUGACAGCGCAGACAAGCAUGUCUUCCAUGAAACCACAUCAUCGGGCGCGCUGGUGUCACACGUCACCUGCUCAAAUAAACGUGGACGGCAACAGAAUCAGUAAAACCAUGUACAUCAUCACCGACGAGAGUGAAAAGGACACCCGGCAGAGUCCACGCACACCCUGCUACUGGCUUGAGGACACCUACCCUGACAUGGUCUCGGCCACCCGAAAGGAUCUGGCCACUCAACACAUGAAGUACUUCGUGGGAAGUCCCACCAAGGUACCAGGUCGACGGGCAGGUCGAAAUCAGACCCAGGUCAUGGAGGACCUGUACUGGGAGAAGCUGAGGAAGAUGGAGGAAGAGGGCCCUGUGCAUCAACACAGACCUUCCAACUCGUUUAGUGAAGACGCCAGUAGCAUGAGAAAUGCACACGUGUGCAUGAUGGCCAAUCUAAAUAGGAAUAACAAUGGUAAUACUAAAGAAGGCAAAAAGUCUAAAUGCCAAGAACGUGCCAAGCCAAGGUCAAGACACGGUUAUUCAAGCAAACGCCCCACCAGUGCUAUCAAGUUGUUUAGCGCGGAGGAGACACACCACGGGGACCUAGAUACAAACCACAGCAAAUCCGGAGCCAACAAAAUAUGGAGCAAUGGCCUUUCAGACAGUGUCAAGACAGCCCCAAAACAAGAUGGCAAUAUGCGUUUUAGAGACCACGUGGUAAGAUGGAAUCAUAAAGCACCUACCCAAGGUGAAAGAAUAGUUGUGAAGAAGGCUAAUGUUGGUGGUGCCGAAGGCGUCGCAACAACGUCUUUUUCAUGUGCAGCUAAUGCUUCAGUUCAAACCGAUCUAGGCAAGAAUGAUGGGCCAAGCCUGGAGCGUCUCCUUUGGGAAGUAUCCCAUUUCAAAUCCAUCUCUGAUAUCCCAAAGGCACUCCAAGACAAGCUGUUACAGAGAAUGUGCAAACCAUUACUUAAUGGUGGUUACAAGGACGACCAGACUCUGUGGUCAAAUCUGUUUGACAUCCCUUUGCCUCAUCUGUGUAAGAUGUCAUCUAGAGGCUUUGUCCCCCACGCAGUGACUGCCACAACGAUCCCCCACCCAGGGGAACGCAAAGAGUCUGUAACAGACAUGAAACAGUGCAAUAAUCUGUCUGAGAGAAGCACCUGCAGGCAGAGCCCCAAACUAUGCAGGAAGAAGGUGACGAGUUCAGUUCAUCCCGAUAGUUUCCUCUGUGAUGAUGAUUUGAUUGAAGAUCUUUGCUUCAAAGGGUGCAGUUCCGGAGAAAGGUCAGGAACAUCUGUAAAUUCCCUGUGGGAUGAUGACUUCAUUCACGAUCAUUACAUCCUGUCUCCCUCUCGAGCCUCUCUCGGACAAGCCUACCGCAGUGAUCAUGCCACCACUUCUCUCACCACCUCAGACCACGAUGAGGACAGGCCAGCCAGCCAUGAACCGUUUCCGUCUGAGUAUGUCUUCAAGAGGGUGUGUGGACCUUCCUUCACCAUGUCUCCAGAUUUCAGGCACAUCUAG